AUGGAGUUCCCCCAUCUUCGCACUCUCAUGGCAAGGCUAUCUUUCUCAUUUCUUCUACUCCACACAACUCUUUUCUUCUCAUGCAUACAGUCACAGUCCGAAACUUUCACCGUUACAAACAACGUAACGGAUUGGCUGGCAUUACUCUCCUUCAAGGAUGGAAUAACAGACAAUUCUCUCACAGAGUUGAGCUCAUGGAAUAAUUCUCUCCAUUUCUGCCACUGGCAAGGCGUAACAUGCGGUCGCCGCCACCAGAGAGUCACGGCCUUGAAACUACAGCAGCUGAAAUUGAAGGGCACUGUCUCACCUUACAUAGGAAACCUCACCUUCCUUCGUCAGCUCAACCUUCGAUCAAACACCUUCCAUGGCGAAAUCCCCCAAGAAAUUGGUCGUUUGUACCGGUUGCAGUUCCUCCUAAUGACCGAGAAUUCUUUCACAGGUCAAAUUCCUUCGAGUCUCAUCCACUGCGCAGAUCUCAGAGUCAUCGACUUGGGUUUCAAUAACCUUGUAGGGAGAGUUCCCACCGAGCUGGGUUCUUUGUCAAAGCUCUUUCAUUUGAGUGUGGGAAUCAACAAUCUAACUGGAACCAUCCCGCCUUCGUUAGGAAAUCUAUCAUCCCUUAACGUGCUCGCACUGUUGAGAAAUGAUUUCGAGGGCAGCAUUCCAGACGAUCUAUGCCGGAUCACAGCAUUAACAUUUUUUCAAGUAUCUGUGAACCGUCUUUCCGGUAAGCUUCCUUCCUGCUUAUACAAUCUUUCUUCUAUUGAAACUAUUGAUGUGGCAGAGAACCAAUUUCAUGGAAGUCUUCCACCCAACAUAGUAUUCAAUCUUCCUAAUCUCCAAGAACUUUUCGUGGGAGGAAACCGAUUCACCGGGCCCAUCCCAAAUUCAUUUCCCAAUGCUUCCAGCCUUGUAAGACUUGAUUUAAGCAGCAACAAUUUCACUGGGGGAAUGCCGACAAAUCUAGGAAGCUUAAAGGACCUCGUCGAAAUCAAUGUCGGCGAGAAUCAGCUAGGAACUGGGGAACCAGACGACCUGAGCUUUCUUACUUCUUUAAUCAACUGCACCAAUUUAGAAAAACUGGCGAUAGUAGACAACGGCUUUGGUGGUGAAUUGCCCAAUUCAAUAGGCAAUCUCUCAACCCAUCUCAUUCUGUUUAUAAUGGGAGGGAAUUAA